CACGCCCACGCCACACACAUCGAUCAUAGCGCAAUCAUAUAUUUUUGGAAUCAGUUGACUUUUUUGUGGCGCUGACGUUUGUCGUUCAUUCUCGAAUUCAAAUCUUGCAGCUUUGUACCACACUGGUACUCUUUCGGUUUUACCUUUUCAUCCAGAACCAAGAUUUCUAUUUAAAAUGGCGUAUCCUGGGUAUGGAGCUCCCCAGCAGCCAGGCUACCCUGGUGGGAUGCCAGGUUAUGGUGCACCUCCUGUUCAGGACCCUUUAUAUCAGUAUUUUGCUGCUGUGGCUGGACAGGACCAACAGAUAGAUCAGAAAGAGCUUCAACAAUGUUUGACAAGUAGCGGGAUAGCAGGAACAUAUCAGCCGUUUAGUAUAGAGACCUGUACAUUGAUGAUCAACAUGCUUGAUAGAGAUUUUUCAGGAAAGAUGGGCUUCACAGAAUUCAAAGAACUGUGGACGGUGCUCCAGCGGUGGAAACAAACCUUUACACAAGUUGACCAAGACCGAUCUGGCCUAAUCGAUGGUCGAGAACUGGCAGGGGCACUUGCUUCGUUCGGAUAUAGGUUAUCACCCAACGCCAUUGGUGCCCUCGUGAGACGGUAUGGAGUCAACGGCCAGAUUCAGUUUGAUUCCUUUGUUGGAUGUGCAGUACGUCUACGUGCCUUGACAGAUUUCUUCAGGAGAAAAGACACACAACAGAAUGGAAAUGCGAUGAUGCAGUAUGAUGAGUUCAUUACAUACACCAUGUCUGUUUGAUGUUACAAGGCAAAGAAAAGUUCAUUGCCAACACCAUGGCUAUGUAACACGGCUACUGUUUAUAUUGGUGAGUUCAGUGAACACAAGGGUGUAGACAGAAUGGAGAGUCGCAAGGAGGAUUAAGGCCUCUUAUUUUUUAAUAGAAAGUUUACCUUUAGCUACAUAUAGAUUUACCUACCUUGAUGUAUGUAUGUAGUGACUUAAUGUAUUGUUACUCAGAUAU